UGACAAUGGCUCCAUUCCUUCAGCAGGAUGUACACAGAGAUGCAACUUUCUACAGCAUCUGCUGCUCUGGGUUCCAUUGAAACAGGAUGAGAGAAAGUGGCAGGUAAUGGACUGAAGUGAGGAGACUGAGGGGAAACUGUAGAGAAUAAUGGUUAGGAGUACAUGUGCUGGGUUCUCUCAUUAAGGAAAUAUUCAUGAGUCAACUAUCCAGAAUCAUAGUUAUUAUUCAAGCAGUGUGGGUUUAAAAGGAGAUCUGAUGCCAUGGCAAACCUCACUGACUUAGACUGUUCUUCAAGUUAAACAGCAGGAUGAUGUCUGAAGUGACUGAAACACAUAUGGCUUCAGUGUGUCGAGAAGACCUGAAAGAUCCCACAUGGAAGUGAAAUUCAUUAUUGGCAAGCACGGUGACAGGAGACCCCAGAGGGCUGAGCUGCAAAGAAUUUGCAGAGCCGUAUGGCUAACUCCAUGGCCUAGUUUGAUCUUGAAGUUAUUGUCUUGGAUAAUCCUCUCAAAUCUGUUCCUGCACUUAAGAGUCACUCAUCACAUGAGGGAGCUCCCUCUCAGGUUCCUUUACGUCGCCCUGUCAGAAAUGACUUUCAGGGAACAGACAUCACAUCAAAUCAUCCAACAGAUGUCCCUUUCAAAUAAGUUGGAGCAGAACCAACUAUAUGGAGAAGUCAUAAACAAGGAAACAGACAACCCAGUGAUUUUCAGCGGAUUGGCACUGCUCUUAUGACAGAAACCUCAAGUUUCUGGGUGGAAGAACAUGAGUUCAACAGAGGGCGUGUGCACUAUGCUGGCUGACUCUUGCGCUCCUGAGGCUCAUGCUGCUGACAGGGGAUAGAGGGGACACUUUGGAGUCCAAAUCCUGCAUCAUCUCAAUGAAGUGCUAUUCAACAUCAUGGCUCUAAGAAGUAACCCAUUUUAA